UUCUCUCCGACGGUCGCUUCCUCUUGCUCUUGAUGGACUUUAUAUGUUAAGUCGAUGUCUUCUUUGCAACCGUGAUUCACAAUAUUUGGCAACAUGUUAAGGGUGGUUGUUGAAUCCGCCAAAGGAAUUCCUAAAAAGACACUUGGAAAUCCAGAUCCAAUAGCAGCAGUUAUCUUUAAGGGUGAAAAAAAGAAAACAAAAGCCAUUGACAGUGAAUUGAAUCCUGUGUGGAAUGAGAUCAUUGAGUUUGAUUUGAAAGGUUCUGUGUUGGAUUCCACAUCGUUCAUUGACGUGGUUGUGAAAGACUAUGAAACCAUUGGAAAAGACAAAUUUAUUGGUUCAGCAAAGAUCUCUCUGAAAGAAUUGGCUGCUGGUCAGACUAGAUCUCUCCCUUCAAAGAAUAUACCUCUCAUUAAUGAGAAAAAACAGGAAAUUGGGGCAACUAUCAAUUUAUCAAUCGGUUAUGAGCCUCCUGCAAGUACUGUUCCAAACCUAAAUGAUCAAAGUGUCGGAGACGGAGUCAACCCCGGAGAAACUGGAGCUGGUGAAGAGGAGAAAGGUGUGGAUAGUGAUGAAGAGGCAGGAGAUGGGAUUGAGCCAGGAGUACCUGGAGCUUCUCCCUCUGGACAGCCUGGAAAAAAGGUUAUUCGUGCAACUCGGAAGAAGCAAAGAACUCUGGCCAACAAACCCCAAGAUUUCCAGAUCCGUGUUCGUGUUAUCGAGGGUCGACAGUUGCCUGGAAAUAACAUAAAGCCAGUUGCCAAAAUAAGUGUGUGCGGACAAACACACAGAACAAGGAUCCGAAGAGGAAACAAUCCAUACUUUGAUGAGAUUUUCUUCUACAAUGUCAACAUGCUUCCUUCUGAACUUUUUGAUGAGAGCAUCAUGAUACGGGUGUAUAACGCCUACUCCCUGAGGGCAGACAGUCUUAUAGGGGAGUUUAAGCUGGACGUUGGAUAUGUCUACGAUGAGCCUGGCCAUGCAAUCAUGAGGAAGUGGCUGCUGCUAAGUGACACAGAUGACUCCAACUCUGGAGCCAGAGGUUAUCUGAAAGUCAGCAUGUUCAUAGUAGGGACUGGAGACGAGCCUCCGGUGGAAAAGAGAGAAGGGAAUGAGGAACAGGAUGACAUUGAAAGCAACCUCCUGCUGCCGGCUGGAGUCGCUUUGCGUUCGGCUACGCUCAGUCUGAAAAUCUACCGUGCUGAAGACAUGCCACAAAUGGAUGAUGCGUUUGCCCAGACAGUAAAGCACAUGUUUGGUGGAACAAAUGACAAGAAAAACUUGGUGGAUCCCUUUCUAGAAGUCAGUUUUGCUGGCAAAAAGGUGUGCACAAAGAUUGUUGAGAAGAAUGCCAAUCCGGAGUGGAAUCAACUCAUUCACUUGCAGGUUAAGUUCCCAUCGAUGUGUGAACGAAUCAAGCUCUCUCUAUAUGACUGGGAUCGCCUGUCAAGAAAUGAUAUUAUUGGAACCACCUACCUGAAUCUGACUAAAAUAGCAUCAUCUGGAGGGGAAAUUGAGGCAGAAUCAUCUUCAGAAAAUGGGCUGCCUCCUUCCUUUAAUGCAGACAACACAGAAGCUGAGGUUGGCUUUCUUCCAGCUUUUGGGCCAUGUUAUAUUAACCUUUAUGGAAGUCCAAGAGAAUUUACUGGGCUACCUGACCCAUAUGAGGAGCUGAAUAAUGGCAAGGGUGAAGGCGUGGCCUAUCGAGGGAGGGUUUUUAUUGAGCUUUCCACUCAACUGGAGGACAAAACUGACAAGAAGGUGGAAGACAUUCCAAACGAUGACAUUUUGGUGGUACAGAAAUACCAGCGGAGAAGGAAAUAUUCCUUAUGUGCCGUGUUCCACAGUGCCUGUAUGCUUCAAGAACCUGGAGAACCUAUCCAGUUUGAGGUCAGCAUUGGGAACUAUGGGAAUAAACUGGAUUCCACCUGCAAACCUCUGGCCUCCACCACUCAGUACAGCUGUGCUGUUUUUGAUGGAAAUCACUAUUAUUACUUGCCCUGGGCUGAUUCUAAGCCUGUUGUUAUACUCACUUCAUUCUGGGAGGACAUUAGUCACCGUUUGGAUGCAGUGAACAUCAUUCUUUACAUUGUUGACCGACUGCAAUCCAACAUCAUCUCUCUGAAGACGGCCAUCCUGGCUAAACUAUCUGACUCUCGCCUCGCUGAGAUCUGGCUGAAACUUAUUACUCAACUCAUUGAUGACCUUACCAGUUACAAGGUGCCAAAUCUGGAGAGUAAGCCAAACCUGACAGAGCUUGAUAUUCAGAUCAAGAAUUUGCGUAACAACACCAUGGCAAGUGUCAAAGAGGCAGCCAUUCGCAUGAGGGACGAGGCGGUUGAUGUCAAAGCCACUAUGGCUGAUAUAGAGGACUGGCUGGAACGACUACAGCAGAUCACAGAAGAGCCUCAGAACAGCAUGCCUGAUGUCAUCAUAUGGAUGCUGAGAGGAGAGAAACGUGUGGCCUACGCGCGUAUACCAGCCAAUCAAGUGCUAUUCUCCACCCACAGUGAGCAGGCCAUCGGCAAGUACUGCGGCAGGACACAAAGCAUCUUCAUGAAGUACCCAAUGGACAAAAACAAAGGUCUCAAGAUCCCUGUGCAGCUGCGUGUGAACAUGUGGCUGGGUCUUUCUGCACAUGAGAAGAUGUUCAACAGCUUUGCAGAGGGAAUAUUCAGUGUGUAUGCAGAGAUGUAUGAAAAUCAGGCUCAGGUUUUUGGGAAGUGGGGAACCACAGGUCUAGUCGUCCGCCACAAGUUUUCAGAUGUGACGGGGAAGAUAAAAUUGAAGCAGGAACGUUUCAUGCCACCUCGGGGCUGGGAAUGGGAAGGAGAUUGGUUCAUUGACCCUGAGCGCUGUCUACUUACAGAGGCUGAUGCAGGGCACUCAGAAUUUACUGAUGAGGUCUAUCAAAACGAAACUCGUUUCCCUGGUGGAGAAUGGAAGCCUGCAGCCGAACCUUACACUGAUGUGAAUGGAGAGAAGGCCCAAAGCCCUGAGGAACUGGAGUGUCCCCCAGGCUGGAUUUGGGAAGACGAAUGGAAUUUUGACAGCAACAGGGCAGUGGAUGAGAAAGGUUGGGAAUAUGGUGUCACUAUACCCCCUGAUGAUAAGCCCAGGUCCUGGAGCGCAACAGAGAAAAUGUACCACAUCCAUCGCAGGAAAAGACUGGUCCGACCCCGUAGGAAGACAGCAGACUCUCCCACUUUAGAGAGGAAAGACUUCGGUGAUGGCUGGGAAUACUCGUCACUGAUCGGUUGGAAGUUCCACAGGAAGGAGCGCUCCUCAGACACGUUUCGCCGGAGACGCUGGAGGAGGAAAAUGGCACCAGCAGGCACUGUGGGAGCAUCGGCUAUCUUUAACCUGGAGGGGGCCUUGGGAAUAGAUGAAGAUGAGAAAGGCAGCAAAAGGGACACAUCAGCUAAACUCUUUGGUGCCAACACACCCACUGUGUUUUGCAGAUUUGACAAGUCAUUCAUCUACCAUCUCAGAGUUUAUGUCUAUCAAGCCAAGAAUCUUCUUCCUAUGGACAAAGACAGCUUUUCUGAUCCCUAUGUCCAUGUGUCCUUCAUGCAUGUCAGCAAGACCACAGAGAUCAUCAAGUCCAACCUCAACCCCACAUGGGACCAGACCCUCAUUUUUGAUGACAUUGAAAUCUACGGGGAACCUCAGACCAUUGCUCAUAACCCACCCAGUGUCGUCCUGGAAGUUUAUGAUAGUGACCAAGUGGGGAAGGACGAGGCUAUGGGCAGAUGCAUAUGUCCUACAAUGGUGAAGCUAAAUCCUGCGAUCACAUUAACUCCUAAACUCCUCUGGUUCCCCAUCACCAUGAAGGGAAGAAAUGCUGGAGAAAUGCUGAUAGCAGCAGAACUCUUGCUUAAAGAUAAGGCAAAUGAAGUUAACCUGCCUCUGGUCCCACCUCGGAGAAGUGCAAAUCUGUACAUGGUUCCUCAGGGGAUCAGGCCUGUGGUGCAGCUCACUGCAGUUGAGAUCCUGGCUUGGGGUUUAAGGAACAUGAAGGCAUAUCAGUUGGCUGCAGUGUCUUCCCCUAGUCUUAUAGUUGAAUGUGGAGGACAGACUGUUCAAACUGCCAUCAUCAAGAACAUCAAGAAAAAUCCCAACUUCCCCGGAUCUGUCCUGUUCCUCAAAGUGCUUCUCCCUAAAGAUGAGAUGUAUACUCCACCCAUUGUGCUCAAAGUCAUUGACCACAGGCCCUUUGGUCGAAAACCAGUUGUUGGACAGUGUACUAUAAACUCCCUGGAGGAGUUCAGAUGCGAUCCUUACAUAGGCACCACAGAGGUGGCCAUGUCUGCCAGGGUGGCCAUGAUGGCAUCAGCUCCUAGAGAUGUAGUCAUUGAUAUGGGAGACAGAAUGCCCAGCACUGCUAGACAGGAAGAGGACACUGUGGACUGGUGGAGUAAAUUCUAUGCUUCCAUUAACGAGCAUGAAAAGUGUGGACCUUAUCUCCAAAAGGGUUAUGACACCUUAACAGUCUAUGACACUGAGCUUGAGGCCGUUCCAGAAUUCAGAGGGCUAACAGACUUCUGCAAUACAUUCAAACUGCAGAGGGGCAAGACUGAGGAUGAGGAGGACGAUCCAUCUGUGGUGGGAGAAUUCAAGGGGUCAUUUAGAGUGUAUCCCUUAUCGGAUGACCCCAAUGUCUCAGACCCACCUCGACAGUUUAGGGUGUUGCCUGAGAGUGGUCCUCAGGAGUGCCUGGUCAGAAUCUACAUUAUACGUUGUCUUGACCUGCAGCCCAAAGACAACAAUGGCAUGUGUGAUCCUUACGUAAAGAUUUCUCUGGGGAAGAAAAUUACUGAUGACAGAGAUCAUUACAAACCAAACACAUUAAAUCCAGAUUUUGGAAGAUUGUUUGAAAUGAGCUGCUACAUUCCACAAGACAAGGACUUGAAGAUUUCCGUCUAUGAUUUUGACCUGCUCAGUUCUGAUGAGAAGGUUGGAGAAACAGUAAUAGACCUUGAGAAUCGACUUCUCUCUCGGUUUGGCUCACAUUGUGGCAUCCCAAAAUCUUACUGUGUAUCCGGGGUGAAUCAGUGGAGGGACCAGCUCAAACCAUCUCAGAUCCUACAUAAUCUUGCCAGGUUGAGAGGAAUCCCUGCUCCUCAAAUCACAGAUGAUGGCAGUUCUCUGUCUUUUGGAGGACGAGAGUACAGGCUAGCUGAACUGGAGGCCAAUAAAUGCAUCCACCUGCAUCUGGGCCCAGCUAAGGAGCGAAUCUGCCUGCAUGUGUUGAGGAGGCAAGGCCUUGUACCGGAGCAUGUUGAGACUAGAACCCUGUACAGCACUUACCAGCCCACUCUCUCUCAGGGAAAAAUUCAGAUGUGGGUUGAAAUAUUCCCUAAAAACAUUGGUAUUCCAGGACCUGUGUGUGACAUCACUCCUCGCAAACCCAAAAAAUAUUUUCUGCGAGCCAUCAUUUGGAAUACGACUGAAGUCAUCCUGGAUGAAACCAGCAUCACAGGAGAAAACAUGAGUGACAUCUAUGUGAAAGGAUGGAUGCCAGGUAUGGAGGAGGACAAGCAGAAAACUGACGUCCAUUACAGGUCUCUAGAUGGAGAUGGAAAUUUCAACUGGAGAUUUGUCUUUGACUUUGAAUACUUACCAGCAGAACAGUUGUGCCUUGUGUCUAGAAAGGAACACUUCUGGAGUCUCGACAAAACGGAGUUCAGGAUCCCUCCCAAACUGAUAAUUCAGAUCUGGGACAAUGACAAAUUCUCCUUGGAUGAUUACUUAGGCACAGUGGAGUUGGAUCUGCUUCACCUUAUCCCUCCUGCUAAGACCCCUGAAAAGUGCUCUUUAAGCAUGCUAACACAAACUGGCAAGAGCCUUCCUCAUACAUCACUCUUCGCACAGAAGUCAGUGAGAGGCUGGUGGCCAUGUGCCAUGGAGGAAAAUGGCAAAAAAAUCCUGGCUGGUAAAGUGGAGAUGACUCUGGAAGUGGUUGUAGAGAAGGAGGCUGAUGAGAGGCCAGCUGGGAAAGGAAGAGAUGAACCCAACAUGAACCCCAAACUAGAUCCUCCAAACCGCCCAGAUACGUCCUUCCUUUGGUUCACAAAUCCAUGUAAGACUAUGAAGUUCAUCAUAUGGCGCAGAUACAAAUGGCUCUUCAUUGGACUCAGUAUUCUCAUACUGGUGAUCCUGUUUCUUGGAAUACUCUUGUAUUCCUUCCCUAACUACAUUUCCAUGAAAAUUGUGAAGCCAUUUUAGUUGAAUUUCACAAGCAGUCAACCGAACCUGCCCUGCAACACAGUUAAUAGUUAACCUGUAGAAAUUCAGUUUUAUAUAUUUUCUUUCUCCAAAGAAUGCUUGAAUGCAAAAACUCCCAAGUGCUACUUUUUCUCCUCUGUGGACUAAGCUGGGUUGACGGUUUACAGCGCUGCUAGAAGUUGCACUAUAUUGGAUUGAUUUUUAAUAGCCAUUUGUUUUUUGUUUUGUUUUUUUAAAUAUGCAAAAAGUUGAUUAAAGUAAAAAAAAUUAAAAACAAACAAAAAAAAAAAUGAAUAUUGCAAUGGUAACACUUAACAAUAAGGUUGUAUUUGUUAACAUCAGAUAAAUCAAUAGUUAACAUGACCUAACAAUUAACAAUACUUUUACAGAUUUUUACAAAUCUUGGUUAAAGGGAUUGUUCACCUAAGUUAACAUUUUCUCAUCAUUUACCCACUUUUAUGCCACCCCAGAUGUGUAUGACUUUAUUUCUACUACUGAACACAAACAAAUAUUUUUAGAAGAAUAUCUCAGCUCUGUAGGCCCUUUCAAUUCAAGUGAAUGGAGGCCAGAACUUUGAAGCUCCAAAAAGCACAUAAAGGCAGCAUAAAAGUAACCUAUAAGACUCCAGUGGUUAAAUCCAUGUCUCCAGAAGCGAUAUGACAAAUGUGGUUGAGAAACAGAUCAAUAUUUCAAUCCUCUUUUACUAUAAAUCUCCACAUUCACUUUCAGAAUGUGAAAGGUAAAGUAGAGAUUUAUAGUAAAAAAGGACUUAUUUGCAAUAUGAUCUAACAUGAACAAACAAUGAACAAUAUUAUAUUUAUUAAUUAACAUUAAUGAAGAUCAAUAAAUGCUGUAAAAAAAUUACUGUUCUUUGUUAGUUCAUGAUAUUUAAUGCUAAAGAAUUUUAACAAAUAGAACCUUACUUGUAAAGUUUACCAUUGCAAUAUUUUACUAUUGUAGAAUUAUAAGAUUUUUCCAGUGCCUAAAGUAGAACUUACCAUUUACAACAUUACUCUCCAUUUUCCAAGUGAAUUCUGAUGUAUCUACUCAUUUGUUGUUCGUUAUUCAUUAAAACAUUUAUUGUA